GACGUAAUCGCCCUUAGUAACCCUCCGUGGCUGGCGUCUUCACGACACAAGACAACAAGAUGGGAUUGCUGUCAAUCCUCCGCAAGCUGAAAAGCACACCGGACCAGGAGGUACGGAUACUGCUGCUCGGGCUGGACAAUGGCGGCAAGACCACCCUGCUCAAGCAGCUGGCCUCCGAGGACAUCAGCCACAUCACCCCCACCCAGGGGUUCAACAUCAAGAGUGUCCAGUCUCAGGGCUUCAAGCUCAAUGUUUGGGACAUCGGGGGCCAGAGGAAGAUCAGGCCGUACUGGAGGAACUACUUUGAAAACACUGACAUGCUCAUUUACGUCAUUGACAGCGCCGACAGGAAGAGGUUUGAGGAGACGGGUCAGGAGCUGGCCGAGUUAUUGGACGAGCAGAAGCUGAGCGGCGUCCCGGUGCUCAUCUUCGCCAACAAGCAGGACCUGCUGACGGCCGCCCCCGCCGCCGAGAUCGCUGAGGGCCUCAACCUGCACACCAUCCGCGACCGCAUCUGGCAGAUACAGUCCUGCUCCGCCCUCACCGGUGAGGGCAUCCAGGAGGGCAUGAACUGGGUGUGCAAGAGCGUCAACUCCAAGAAAAAGUAGUUUUUUUUGUUUUGUUUUUUUUAGUGGAACAGCAGCAGCAGCAGCACAUGACAACAUAGACACACACAGACGCACCCUCCUGAGCCUUAAUACAAUGGGAUACACUUGUGAAUGUACACACACAUACUACUAAUUCAACACAGAGUUUUUAAGCUAACGGCUGCAUCUCCCGGGUGUUUUUUACGCUAGUUUUCGUCACGCCAUCACCAUCAUGGACCCUUCUAACAUACCAGCAGCACUAACUGUCUUUGGAAUCCCACUAUGAGGUCAAAGUGUGUCGUUUAAAAAAAAAAAAAAGGCUCUGCUUGAAGUGAGGUAUAUUUUUGUAAGUGUGUUAUUUAUGGUAGAGCGCUUUCACACAUACCCCCCCCUUAACAGUCAUACUGUACAUGUUAUGUAUAAAUUAUGAAUUAGAAGAAUGGCAUUUUUAAUCCACUGUAAAUAGCGUGAGCCUGCUGUGCUUUCAUUGUGACAGUGAUGCACAUUUUGGAGUCUGGAAUGUUUGCAUAUCUUAAGGUUAAUGCUUUUUUUUGGGGGGGGGGACUGACAGCAUUUCCUUUUGAUAUUCUCCAUAGUCAUCUGUCCAGAAUUGAAGGUACCGUAUGUGAAUAAAAACCCAAGCAGAACGGAACGUUUGCAGAGUUUUAAUGCUCAACGGUGCGUGGGAGCAGGUGUCAGCGGCAGCCCCCGUGUCAAGAGGUCUCUGUGGGCGACAGCUGCCGGGCCUCGGGUUCACUAGAAGCGAGGAAAGGCACACAAAAAAUGCAUCAUAUCCACGGCGGUGCUUUGUUUCGCAUUAUGCAGGUCAAAUGUAGACUAGAGUGUAGGAAGGGCCGUUCAUCCGCCUCAUCUUUCUCUCACAAAGAUUCUCUUUGUGUCGUCCUCACGCACUCAUCAACAUGCUAAAUGCUGAUCCAAGUGCUGUGAGAAGUAGAACUAAACGUUAUUUACGCUGCCUUACGUGUUGCAGCACAAACUCACUUGAUGAGAUGCAGCUGCUGGAAGCUUAGCUAAUGGGUAGUUUUGAGCAAAAAGUCAUUUCCUCAUUUCAUUUAGUCCAAAACAUCACAGCUCUUUGCUGUCAUUUUUCAUGCUAUUUUUAUGCUAAGCUAACAUGAGUUAUGUCAAAAGCAGAACAAAUUGAUUUCCUUUUGGUUCCGACAGUGAGAGACAGAGUAAAAAGAAAAUUUCUCAAAAUAUGCAGAAAGAAAUCAAUUUUUCAAGGUAUGGGGGACACCUCCAAUUGUUACGUACUGUAACAGUAAACUUUAAAAACUGCUGCAUGUUAGAAAAAAACUCAAUCCAUUACUAUUAAAUAAAUCAUUUAGAAUAAAAAUGUAUGUGGCUGUAAUACUACUCUUCGCCUCAAGGGGCAACAGAGAGCACUGUGUUGCCUUGCUCCCCUUCACAUGAGACAACAAACAGGCUGACCAAGUCAAUCACCCAUUGUCCUACCCCACCCACAAUCAUUUCCUUUACGGCUGUCAGGUUGACAAUACAAACUUGAGAGGUGGGCGGCGACCAUAUUAUCUGCACGUCCUCCGUUGCAUCAAGCAGCUGCACAACAGCUGUGUGCACAUGCGUGGGAGAAUGUCAGGAGAGUGGGAAAAAAUUGUGUGUGUGCCGCAUAUGUUUCUGGGUGGGGACAUAGGUGGGACCAAAAAUGAAGGUUUUUUUUUUGUUAAAAGGUGUGUUUGAAAGCACAUCCAGUGCACUCAUUUUAAUUGGGAUAUCGAUGCAAGCCAUCAAAGGUGAUGUAAUUAUCUGUCAGGACGGGGCAAUGUUGUUUAUAAGUCGUAGGAAGACUACAAAAUAAAUGACUGGAAAAUAGAAAUUGAGCCGCGUGAUUGAGAUGGCCUUGUUAUACCACUUUACGCCACACGGGGCGAUAGUGAGUCACCGACAGAAAAAUCACAUGCUGUAAAAAAUAUGCUAUGUAUAAUAAACAUAUAUAAAUAUAUAUGCAUGUAAUUAUUUUACACACAUUUAAAAGGUAAAAAUAAUUGGGUUUGAGUAAAGGCAACACAAAUAUUUUAAAAUCCACAAUAGAAUAAUGAAGAAUAAGAAGGUAAAAUAAAUGAUUGGAUUUCAGUAAAGGCAAUAAAAUUUUUUAAAAAAUAAAAGAAACAAAUGUUUUCCUGUUUUCCAGUAAAGGCAAUAAAAAUAUUUAAAUAAUGCAAAAAUGAUGAGGUAGAAAUGA